AUGCAGAAGCUUGAUGCAGAGGGACGCAUCGACUUUGACAGCGCAACGCCCAAUCAAUUUCUCCAUAUUGAUUACGUUUGGACUAAAGGACCUGGCAGGAUGUUCGGCGUCUUGGUUUGCAAGCGAGCCCAUGGCAGUUGGGAGGGAGCGGACGAUGGGGAAGGAACGUCCGCAUUUGUUGUCCUAAAGGCCUUCAGCGGUCAGAUGACCAACUAUUGGCACGUUCCUGGAUGGGUGGGCCCUAUUGCUACUGUCAUCAACGCAACGCCGCUAUACCAGGACUACCGCGCCCUCACGGAGGCCCACUCCGCAAGACUGGCCUCCCUGGAUGCCGCACUGCAGCAACAUAACGAUCAUAACCGCCACAACCGCCAUAACUACCAGCAACCACGGCAACGACGACAGGAACGUGACCAGCGGAACCUGCGACGACGCGAACGCCAGUCCCCAGGUGGUAUCAGGCAAGGCUCCCAGAACACCACCAGAAACAGCCACAGGGGCACCAACAGCGGGGUGGAGCCCGAGGCGGAGGCGGAGGCCUUUUUGCUGCGGCAGCGGCAGCUACUGCGCGCCCGGCGCCGCGCGCUGUCCCUCGAGUUGUUGGGUCGCAUUCAGAACAGCUACAGCCUCCGAAACUUUGCCGGUGACUGCUGCGCACCCAAACUGAUCUGGGCUGCCGUACAGGAAGGUUUGACACCGGUUGGGUUGGUGGAGUUUUGGUACGGCAGCCCGCCCAACACGGCAACAUCGCAGGGCACGACGAGGGCGCGGCAUGACAGCGGCACCGAGGCGGCGGCAUCCACCCGAGUGCACGGGGAGAUGUACGGCAUGUGUGACAAGUGCGAGGUCAUUUUGGGGAGCAUGCUGUGUGGCUUCACGACGUCUGAUGUCGCUCCUCCUCCUCCUCCUCCAUCAUCAUCGUCAUCAUCAUCAUCAUCAUCAUCCUGA